CAAGAAAUGGAGUUUUUCUGAAAAAUGAACUGUAUCUAUGAAUGUAAAAGGAUUAAACAGUACUAGAGAAUUGUAAGAACGUAUCGAAACGUGUUGGAGGUAUAGUGAUCAUCAUCAGUCAGAAAAUGGCUAAUUUAUUAUUUUGGGUGCCAGUUGUGUUAACUAUUUAUCUACCUGUAGCCUUUUUAACAACAUAUGGUAUAGCAGUGAGAAAUGGUCACGUUAACAAAACAUUCCCUUAUAUCAGUGAUACUGGUACUGUUCCACCAGAAAGUUGUAUUUUUGGUCAAUUUCUCAAUAUAUAUGCCUUAUUAGCUUUUAUAUUUAUGAUAAUGAGAUACCUACAAGUUAAAGAAUAUGUUCUAUCAACGUAUAGAAUCGGUAACACUAUGACCUUGACCAGCAGAAACAGAAAACUGUUGGUCAGUAAAAUCUCCUUGGUGAUUGGAAUAUUGGCCAGUAUAGGGGCCAGUAUGGUCGGCAAUUUUCAGGAGGACAAUGUAAUAGUUGCUCACAUUAUCGGAGCCUACAUGGCGUUUGGUCUUGGUGGUUUAUAUUCUUGGAUACAGGCUGUCUUAUCUUAUUAUAUUCCUGAAAUACACGGCUCAUCUAAAGCAGCUCGACAUAUUCGAGUAUUAUGUUGUAUAUUAGCCACAGUAGCUUUUAUACUUAUGAAUAUAUUUACUGCAUUAUCUAUGCAGAAGUUUAAAGGGGACAUGAAACAUUGGACACCCAACCAACCUGGGUAUGAUGAACAUCUAAUAGCUACCAUAUCAGAAUGGUUACUUGCUUUUAUCUUAUCUAUCUUCUUCUCAACUUUUAUUAUCGAGUUUCGACAGAUUGGUUUUAACGGAAGUGUUGUUUGGAUUAACCUUCCUGUGGAAGAUGAGGAGAGAUUGUUACAAGCUUAG